AUUUGAUACACAAACGCCUCUUUGUUGGCAAUUUGUUAUAAAUCUGAGUGUCUUAGUGGAGAUGUGACAGAGCCAGGCCGAUUGAGUAACGGGACUCUGCUACUGCAGCUACAUCUGCUACUGUUGAAAAUAUUUUUGUGUUUUAGGAACCAUCACAAGACAACACCAGCAAAAAGUUUAGCCAUUUAUCCUGUGUUCUUUAUUAAUCAAAUCUAUUCCUUCUCAUAUCACAAGCUGUUCAUGUGUCAGUAAAGAGGGGGAGCACUGAACAGAAGAAAAUAACAGCCAUGAAGAAUCUCGUUGUUUUCUUAUUUGUUUUUGUUGUUGGUCUUUGGCUGACAGAAGGACAGCGGGCGACUGAAAGUCCCGGAGUGAGUGAUGAAACGUCGAUUUAUAACGAAACGGCUGAUUCUGGAAAUUCAACAGCAGAAGGAGAAAGUCUUUUGUUCAGGCCUCCGAUAGUAUGUUCAGAGACAUGUUAUAAACGUAUGUCCUACCAAGGAUCCCGAAGAGGCUGGUGUUGGUUCAAACGGUGUACAAAAUACAGGGUAGCUUACAAAAUAAUUAGUUCAAACUGUUACAAAUGCUGUAGAGGAUGGACCGGCACGCCUGGAAAUUGCAGAGACACAAACGAAUGCAAAUCGCAGAAUCGAUGCGGUAGAUUCGGGACAUGCAUCAAUACAAUUGGGUCCUACAAAUGUCACUGUAUACCAGGGUUCGAGUUCAACGGAAGAACAUGUGUUGACAGCAACGAGUGCAACUGGACGUUUCGAUGCAGGAAUGGCAGCACAUGCAUCAACGCAUUAGGGUCCUACAUAUGCCUGUGUAAACCCGGGUACAUUUGCAAUGGCAAAAUAUGUGUUGGUAUCGGCUAAUUUUAACUAAGUUAAAAAUAUUCACAGCGGGACCUCUCUGUCGGUCACAUUCCUAGCAAGACAUCGCCCGUCUGAUUGAUCUCCGUAUGACCUGGCUCACCGUAUAUUUCGUAACCUGCACACCAGGUCAUCUUCACCCAAGUUCACGGAAAAGACGAUCCCAUCAUCCAAAUAUGUCA